AAUAAAAGGGAGAAGGGCCUCCAGGAGCUUUUCCGUCGAUCAAUCAGUGGGCACUGUAGUAAGCGCCCGGGAGAGCCGGGGAGAAGACACCCGUCCGUCAUUCGAGCUGAUUCAGAGGUUCCCGUGUGCGGGCCGCUCCACACCCGCCGCCCCGCCCCGGCCUGCGGCCCCCGGUGUCCGUCCCGGUGCGUCCCGUCGGUGCCCGGGCCGGGCCAUGACCCGCACGGUGGUGGUGCUGGGCGGGGGCAUCAGCGGCUUGGCGGCCUGCUACCACUUGAGCCGGGUUCCUCGGCCCCCCAAGGUGGUGCUGGUGGAGGGCAGCGAGCGGCUCGGGGGCUGGAUUCGCUCCGUCCGCGGCGAAGACGGCGCCGUCUUCGAGCUGGGACCGCGGGGCGUCCGGCCGGCGGGCGCUGCGGGGGCCAGGACCUUGCUCAUGGUGUCGGACCUCGGGCUGGACGCCGAGGUGCUGCCCGUCCCCGGGGACCAUCCGGCCACGCGCAACCGCUUCCUGUACGUGGGGGGCUCCCUGCACCCCCUCCCCACUGGCAUCAGGGGUCUGCUGCGCACGGCACCCCCUUUCUCCAAGCCGCUGCUGUGGGCCGGGCUGCGGGAGCUGACGGUGCCGCGCGGCACGGAGCCGGACGAGACCAUCCACGGCUUCGCCCAGCGCCGCCUCGGGGCCGAGGUCGCGCGCCUGGCGGUGGACAGCCUGUGCCGAGGAGUGUUUGGGGGCGACAGCCGCGUCCUCAGCGUCCGCUCCUGCUUCCCCAGCCUGUUCCAGGCCGAACGGAGGCACCGCUCGCUGCUGCUGGGGCUCCUGCUGGCACGGCCGGAGCGCGGCCCGCGGGCGGAAUCCGAUCUGAUCGGGCGGGCGCGGGCGGAGCGCUGGAGCCAGUGGUCGCUACGCCAGGGGAUGGAGACGCUCCCGCGGGCCUUGGGCGCCCACCUGGGCCGGCGCGGCGUCAGCAUCCUCCGCGGGAGGCCCGUCCGCCGGCUCGGCCUCCGGCCGGGGGGACGCUGGCAGGUGUCUCUGGGGGACGGCAGCCUGGAGGCCGAUCACGUCGUUAGCGCCAUCCCAGCCGCAGAACUGAGCCGGCUGCUGCCCCCCUCGGCCGCCCCCCUGGCCGAGGCCCUGGGCCCCAUCGAGGCCGUCUCCGUGGCCGUGGUCAACCUGCAGUACCCGGGGAGCCGGCUGCCCGUGCAGGGCUUCGGCCACCUGGUGCCUUCUUCGGAGGACCCCGGCGUCCUGGGGAUCGUGUACGACUCGGUGGCCUUCCCCGAGCAGGACGGGAGCUCCCCCGGCCCGAGACUGACGGUCAUGCUCGGCGGCUCGUGGCUGCAGGGGCUGGAGGCCGAGGCGGGCCGGGGCGGCGAGGUGGCCCCGGCCCGGCUCCUCCGGCGGGCCCGGGAGGCCGUCGCCGCCCAGCUGGGGCUCGAGGAGCCGCCGGCCCGCAGCCUGGUCCACCUGCACCGGCGCUGCAUUCCCCAGUACACACUGGGCCACUGGCAGAGACUGGAGUCGGCCGCCCGCUUCCUGUCUGCCAGCCGCCUGCCCCUCUCGCUGGCCGGGGCCUCGUACGAGGGCGUCGCCGUCAACGACUGCAUCGAGAGCGGCCGGCGGGCCGCGGCCCGGGCCCUGGGGGCCGACCCCUGACCCCCGACCCCAAUAAACCUGCAGGAACGGGCGCGGCCCCGGGCCUCGGCUCUUUCCGGCUGCCCUCGGACGCGGCGACGUCGGCGGGGUGGGGGGGGGAGGCGCCGGACGGACCAGUCCCUUUAUUAGAAACAUAUGAAACCCCAGUAUCCCCGGUCGGGGGGCGAGGCGGGGAGGGGAUGCCCCGCUCGCCCCCGCAUCCCCCAGAACCGGCUUUGACCUGAAAGAGAUCGUCCCGCCCCAUCCCCGGCCCUCCCCUCCGGCCCCGCCCCGGCUAUAAAUAGAAUAAAUACAUUCCCCUGGGAGGGGAUCGGCCCCGGUC